AUGCCUUACAACGCUUCAUUCUCAGCUCCAAAACCCCUUCCCGGAUCUAAAAAGGAAUUUCCAAAAGUCUCUGCGAGAGUCUAUUCUUUCAGUAAGCCCGAACAUCUGCUGAAACCAAGAGACUCUGGGAAUGUCCCCGAAUCUGCAAAGACUGUUCCAUCAGCCCCGGGCCGUGUUGCAAUUCGAACAGCACAACGAUGGGAUAAUACUACAAAGGUCACCGUCACGACCAACAUAAAACCACUGCCAGGGACUAAAAAAACUCUUGAGGAUUUCGUGCGCAAACCUUUCAAGGCUACGCCUGUUCCCGCCAGCACAUACAAAGCUCCAGCCGACCAUCUAGCACCAAAGACGAAGCCUCAAACUAAGAUCGUUAAGAAAGCAAUCGCCAAGGAAGUGACUGAAAUUAAAAAAGUUCUCCCGUUUCGGGCAAACCCAGUUCCUGCAUCCACUUACAAACCGCACAUAGCAGCACUCUCCACGGCAGGCCGAUCGGCUAAUAACAGCAAGCUGAAGGGAACAAACAUCGCCCAAAUGGCGUCCCCCGAGAAUAAAAACACACCUGUUGUUGUCUUCGACGUGCAGCCAUUGGAUGAUGUCACUGUUUGCGAUGCAACUGACCCAGCAGAGGCUUCCAUGGCAGCCGAAACAACACGAGUGGACACUUUGGACGAACCAGACAUGUCGCAACAAGAAACCUCCGUUGCCAUAAACCCAGACGAGGUGUUUGACGAUGUUUCCCAUGUGGAUACGACACCAGAAAUUACUCCGAAUGUAGAAGUUUCUUCUCCCAAAGACAGCGUCGUCCAGGACGAUCCUUUGGCUACAACAAGCCCAUCCGUUAUUAACAGCGAACUAGCAGGAGCAGCCACGGUAGAUAUCGAAGACACGUUGACUGAAAACACAUCGGUUGUCACUUGCGAUGAGCAGGUAACGGAUGGUAUUACUUUUGCCGAUGCAAGUGACACGUCAGAGAAGUCAAUGGCAGGCGAAGAAGCAUCGAUGGAAUCUUUGGUUGAAGACGAAGCAGUGGUUUCUCAAGAAAAUCUCCCAGUCGCUAUAAUCCCAGAAGCAGGGCUUGACGAGGCCAUAGUCCAAGAUGAAUCUUUGGCCAUCGCCUGCGACAUUUCUUCCCCUGUUUUAGCAGAGGUAAGCGACAUUAUUCAACAAGAACCUGCAUUCGCACCAGUUGUUACCGACGCCCUUGCAAACGAGGCUCCUGUCAAAAAAGGAAAGAAGCCAAGAUCACAAAACGAUAACGCAUCACCUAAGAAAAAACUGCCGAAACGAGCAAAAGGAUCCAAGGCGAGUGCCAAGCCGUGUGUUCGAGAUGACUUUCUUAAACAAGAACCCUCAGUCGCUUCGGUUGUUCCCACCCCCGAUGGAAAGGAUGCGCCAGUCGAAACGGACAAGAAACACAAACCCCAUUACGGUAACGCGUGGUAUCAGAAAAAGAUGGAGAAACGAUUAAACGAACGUACACAACGGGCCGCUCUUAAAGAGACAGCCCAGUCGGUAGAAACUGUGCAAUAG